GUUCCUCUCGAUGAAGAGAAGUAGCCUUCGACUUCUUAGCCCAAUAAUAUUACAAAACUUCCAUUUGCCUUUAUUUUAAAAAUGCGGAAGCAGAUACGUUAAGGGGAUUUCUCAUGAUGAACGCUACAGUAGCCUAUGCGUUUUUGUUUUACGCAUCCCCAUAGCUGCAACAAAGCAUUAUAAUUGUAUAUAAUAAUUACGGAUUGUGAACGGUAGCUAAACAAUCGAGCGAAUGAAUUUGCGCAUAUUGAAUAAGCCUAAUAUUCGUAAAGAUGCGUCAUUUCACCAUCACAGCAAUGAACCCAACUCAGCUACUCCUAUGGUAAAAGCAUGGUGUUGAGAUGAAGAUUACUGGGAAGAUCCUCACUCACUUUCAGUCGUGCAGCUCACCCGUCGACAAAGAAGGAUACCUGUAUAAAAAGGGUGAGAGAAACACUUCCUAUCAGAAGCGCUGGUUCAUGCUGAAGGCAAACCUGCUCUUCUACAAGGACCGGCCCAACCACCGCGACCUGCUUGGCGUCAUUGUUUUGGAGGGCUGCUCAGUGCAGCUGUGCGAGUCUGAAGAGCAGUUUGCCUUUUCGCUGGUGUGGAGCGGUGAACCGGGCCUGCGCACCUACAAGCUAGCCGCAGAGGACCAGCCCAGCCAGGAGAGCUGGAUCAGGGCCCUGCUGUCGGCCAACCACGGCUACCUGGCCGCGCUGGUCAUGGAUCUGGAAAAACAGUACAAAGAGGCCAUGAAAGCAUUUCCUGAUGACCCAUCCCAGCAGUCUACACUGGCUGGCCCAAACACAGAGAGGCCAACUCAGUCGCUGAUUUGGCUGAACUCUGGGACCGCCACCCUUUCACAGUACCUAGGGCCAGGUGUGGGAGCCGGGCAUAGCUUUAGCACAAAUCAAAUGCUACAAAUUCCUCCCAUUUCCUCUAAACCAACCAAUAAGAGGUCUCCAAAACUCUGGCCCAAGAGAAAUGCAAAUGUUGUGCCUAUUAAUGUCCCAGCCCCACCCCAAGGGGAGUGGUCAGUGACUGGGUCAGGACCCAAGGUGGAAUUUAGCGAACUGCACGAGGACUUUGGCAAGGAGGUGAAGGAGCUGAUUGCUGAUUGGUUGAGAAGGGGACAGAAAGAUGUAAUUCAGGAAGAAGACUUAAUUGAUUUUGGUUGAUUCAGCAUGGUAUGUCACUAUAAGCAUGUAAACAGUCCAUACCAAAGGAGUCUGUACCAAUUGCAAUAAUGGAUGCCAACAUCAAUGAAUAUUUGUGAAUGUAAGAAAAUAUAUAAUGAUUAUUUUAAAAUAAAUGUUUUUUAGACAGUU